AGGGAGGGACGGAAGGAGAGAGAGAGAGAGGUAGAUGUGUGUGUGUCCUCAUGAAGGAAGAAUGAUCGGGACGUUUAGAGGUGUGUGCGCUCUGUUAUGGAUCUUUUCCCUGGGGGAGUGUAAGAUUUCAGAAUUCCAAGUGACCUGUGUGAUCUCCGAGGACUGCGUGUUGCCCUGCACAUUCACGCCCACCCGCAAUGUGCUCGUGCGCUGGUACAAACAGGAAGUGCUCGUACACAGCUUCCUGCCAUCAGAGGGCCAACAGGGGGCCGACGGCAAGGUGUCGUUAUUCAAGGACCAGGUUGCCCACGGAAACGCCUCUCUCCUCCUGCAACACAGCUCCACUGCAGACAGGGGGCGCUACACGUGCCGGGUCAACUCCACCGUAGACGGCGAUGGAUCCAUAGUUAUCGUUAGAGUGGAAGCUCCCAUCAGUGACCUCAUCAUGAGCGUGACGUCCGAGAGGCACGUGCUGUGCGGGACCAAAGGGGUGUACCCUGACCCCUCCAUGCAGUGGGCGACCGACCCGCCCUCCCCCGCCUCCAAGCUCCACAGCGCCGUGCGGAAGACGCUUGACCACAACAGGCUGUACGACGUGGAGAGCACGCUGACCACCUGGCCACCGCAUGUCACAUGCAUCUGCACCAUUAAGGCCAAGUACUCGCCACAGCUGUGGAAGGCAACGCUCAUGGAGGGAGCGGAUAUUGUGGACGAGUCUGGAGGAAGCGUGCUGGUGCCCUGUGUGGCUCCAAAGGACUUCACGCUCCAGAACUUCACGCUCUCCUGGACCUUCAGUCCCAGCAGUGACCCCAGUGUUGACCCCAGCGCUCUCCUGACCUACGACAGUCGCACGCGGCAGACCAGCAUGCCCUCGGAGGGCGUGGAGCUGGACCAGGAGCAGGUGCUGCUGGGAAACGGAUCCCUCCGCCUACUGAGUCCAGAGAGCGCGGAGAACACGGGUCACUACACCUGCACCUUCUCCGCCCUCCAGACCAGACACCUGGUCCAGACCUGGGUCAACAUCACCGGACCACACACCGCGUCCAUCACUGGCCACAAGGAGGGAGAGCUGUGGGUGGUUGCUGUGGUGGUGGGCGUGCUGGCCCUCCUGGUCAUCGCCAUACUGCUCUGCAAGAGACGAGCACGUCGCUCCAAGCAGAGGGAUGCAGUGAUCGAGGACACAGAGAGUCAGCCCAUGCACACAGGUCAGAGGUCAGGGGUCAUCGGUCAGCCCAUGCACACAGUGAAACCCGUGGGAGCGUCCACAGUGGAGGGAAGCCAUCUCACAGAAAACCUGAAGGACACCUGCACCUAAUGCUGGCCGAAGUCGAGAGGAGUCUAGAACUUACCAAAGGCCCCACUGAUGUUCACGCAUGAGCAAUCGCACUCAAAGCGCCAUGACGAGUCCAAGCUUAAAAAGUUCUCUUCAAACAAACUGCAAACUGGGAAUUAUGGGAAAUGUGGGAGUGUUUCAAAGGUUCUUUUAAAAUUAGAUCUCAAAGGAACCAUCCGACAGCAGGGUAUACCGGGGCACAAAUGAAACAUUGUGUUUUGGCGGAGAAGGUGUUGCAAUGAUCAGCUUCCACUAGAAUCAAUGGAACAGGCUGCACCACACGUAGGAGCACU